AUGCCUUCCCAGCACACGUCGAACCAGAAGUUCCUUCGUCACCUUGAGGCGAUAGCAGACAGCCACCUUAGGCUCGUCUGGCACCUGGUCCGAAGGUUCCAGAGAGACAUAGACAGAGAACUGCCUUCAUACAACAAUCUUCAAACCCUCCUCGAGGGUUAUUUGCGUUACUUUGAUAAGCUUUUCUUCUUUGGGCUGCUCCGACGGCGUGUGAGAAGAAUGCUCCCAGUUCCUCGCAUGCUCCCCAUGGUCGCGUUGAAGGUGAUCGACGAGCAAGACGAGCGUCUUGGGGACUGGCAGAGGGACCGUAAAGACGAGAUAAGGCUGUGGACCAGAGACUCCCAUGGGGAGUAUCACGCCCUAGAGGAUUUCGUCACCACAGUAGCACAUGAGAUGAUCCACGCCUAUCUGCGUAUAUUCUCGGACGAAUCGGCAGCCAGCCACUUCAGGUGCGUCGACGCGGACGGGGGCCACGGCGUGAUGUUUUGGCAUUUGCAUCACUUCAUACUUAGCAGGCUGUGUACUUGGAUAGGGACACCCAGAUUACGAGCAUGGAGGGAUGAGACAUUCGGAAAGUGGCUGGAGGCUCAACAGCUCGACGUCUCAGGUCGACAGAAGGAUGAGGCCUUCGUUGAGUGGGUGGAGGCUCAGAAACUCGAUGUCACAGAUCGACAGGAUGAUGACGAAGACAUCAGCGAGCCUGAGCUCGGCGAUCAAGAAGAGGAUCGAUUCCCAGACGGAGACAGCGAGGACGAGGAAAACCAGUCUGAUGAGGAGGAGGGAGACGAGUGA